GGAGAAGAAGAAUAAUAAAUUUUUACUUGUGCUGCCCGAUUUCUUUACCUAGUUUCCGAUCGAAAUUUAAUUAGAAAAACCAGCAAAAUGGAUUCUUUAAAUGGAAGAAACAUAGCUCUGUUAGUACUAUGCAUGUGUGCCUGCUACGCGCUGGCCUUUGAAGGCAAGGAAAUACCGGCUACCAAAUUCGGACAGAGCGUUGCGCCAACGAUGACUUUUCUUUAUUGCUAUUCGUGCGGCUACCGCAAGGCCUUCGAGGACUAUGUAAACAUUCUGGGUGAAAAAUACCCGCAGAUUCAGGUUCAUGGCGCCAACUACGAUCCGCCCGGCUUGAAUUAUUAUCUGUCGAAGCUUAUAUUCGCACUGAAAAUCAUCAUAAUUGUGUCGGUGGUGAGCUCUGUGAGUCCAUUUACUUGCCUGGGAAUUAAUACGCCGGGCUGGUGGAGCCACUUGCAAUCAAAUAAAAUCUACGCCUGCAUGAUGAUAUUCUUCUUGGGCAACAUGAUUGAGGGUCAACUCAUCUCGUCGGGCGCUUUUGAAAUUACACUGAACGAUGUGCCGGUGUGGUCGAAAAUUCAAACUGGACGUUUUCCAGCGCCUGAGGUGCUAUUCCAAAUCAUCGACAAUCAGCUGCAGUUCUCCGAGAAGGUGCAGGAGAAUCCCGACUUUGUUAAAUAAUAGUUAAGCAGCCAAUUCUUGAGUAGAGCUGGUGAGAACUAGAAUAACACCAAAUAAUACAUAAGAGAAUCAAAAUAGAGAAAGAAGGAUGCAACAGAACUGUAAACGAUUGAUGACAUGUGGCCGAUUAGAUUUAAAAACUGUACUCUUGUCUCGACCUUACGUAAAUAGUUAUGUAUCUUUGUUUUCACCUUAUUUUACUUAAGUAUUAUGUACUACUGCUCUUAUAACUGUGUCAACUACAAAAUUCCCCUUUCCCAGCUAUAUAGUAUGAAUAAUGGUAAAUGUGUGUAUGUCUUCUAAUAGUCACCAAAAUGUGGUACGCUUAAGAUGUAAGGCCAGCCGGGUAUUGGUAUUGGGUUAUUUGAAUGCAUACAAACGAAUCUUGUAUUAGUGUAUAUUGCCCACUUUUAUAGCUUGUAUUUACUUAUGUAACACAUUUAAUAAUUGUUAAUAGAGGCAACAAAAUAUAUAUAUGCAAGGGCGCAUACCUUUUCAUUCGAUUUCAA